AUGCCUACACAGGCCACGUUGGGAGGUGCCUUAGCUGGACCAAUUGUUGAUCCACAUGUGACAGCAGUUUGGGGGAAGAAGGUUGCACUGAAAUGCAUAAUUGAUGUAAAUGAAACAAUAACACAAGUUUCUUGGGAGAAGAUACAUGGUAAAAGUUCACAGACUAUUGCUGUUCAUCAUCCCGAAUAUGGAAUAUCUGUUCAAGGAGAAUACCAAGGAAGAGUGUCAUUUAAAAACUACUCACUUACUGAUGCAACAAUCAUCUUAAAAAAUGUAAGCUUUUCUGAUGCAGGAGAAUAUAUUUGCAAGGCAGUUACGUUCCCGCUUGGAAAUACACAGUCAUCAACAACUGUAACAGUACUAGUUGAACCUGUUGUGAGCUUAACAAAAGGACCAAACCCUCUAAUAGAUGGUGCAAAUCGGACAAUAGCAGCCACUUGUACAGCAGCCACUGGAAAACCUGCUGCAGAGAUUGACUGGGAAGGAGGUCUUGGUGAAAUGGAAUCCAGCUCUACUUUGUUUCCAAAUGAAACACUGACAAUAACUUGUAUUGUGAGGCACCCUGCUUUGGAAAAGGAGUUAAGAUACCCUCAUGUGUUGGACAUACAGUAUGCCCCAGAAGUUUCAGUAACUGGCUAUGAUGGAAACUGGUUCAUUGGAAGAGAGAACGUUCAGCUCAGAUGUAAUGCUGAUGCAAAUCCAUUACCUAUGGAGUUUAUGUGGACCAGGUUGGAUGGACAAUGGCCGGAAGGAUUGCUGUCUGUCAACAAUACUCUGCAGUUCAGCAGCCCAUUGACUUACAACUACACUGGGACUUAUAUCUGUAAGGUGACUAAUUCCCUUGGUCAGAGAAGUGAUCAGAAGACUAUCUACAUAUUAGAUGUGCCAUUUAAGCAGACAUCUUCUGUUGCUGUAGCAGGGGCUGUGAUAGGAGCAGUCCUUGCUCUUUUUAUCAUUACCAUCUUUGUGACAGUGCUGCUGACCCCAAGGAAAAAAAGGCCAUCCUAUCUUGACAAAGUGAUUGAUCUUCCACCCACUCACAAACCAUCCUCCUGUGAGGAGAGAGCAUUCUCUGUAACACAGAAAGAAGCUAUGCUUCAGAAAGAACAUUUUGCUUUGCAAAACCAGUACAGAGAGAAAGAUGCUGGAAACUUGCAGCACAUGAAAGCUGUGAAUGGAAGGCAACUUACUUGCGAGGCUGAAGAGCCACAGGAACAAGAAGGUCUUCAGCAUAUGUAUCCUGUUUAUCAGCAAACAUACUACAAAAAUUGGAGCAGCAGAUACCCGCAAAACUCAGGACCUGGAAGAGUCUACAUCAAUCCAAGGGAGCAUUAUGUAUGAUUCUGUACCCAGAUGUCUUAACUUUUAAGAUAUGAGGGUUUUAAUAUCUGUUGACUGUAUGACCAAUAUGUCUCACUGGCUUUCAUCUCUAAAAUAAUCGGUCUUUUUUCCUGUGGGAAGAAAUUGCAUGGAGAAUUUUAUAUAGGUAAACCCUAUGGAAUUUGAGACUUAACUUUCUUCUAGUCUUUGGUAUGUAUUUGUUCUUGUAGUUAUAUCAACCUGCCAAAAGAGGAGAGCUAUUUAGCUUUACUAACCUUCGUAGCUGUAAGAUGUAUAAAUUAGAUGAAUUGGUUGGCAUAUGCCAAAAUGUACUUAAGCUGUUUCCCUGGUUACUUCUGGGAGCAUUCCCUCCCUGAAUGGCUAUUUUACAAUAACCUUACCUAUGUAGAAGUGAGUAAGUAUGAGCGAAACAACUGAAUCCCUGGUGACAUAAGCUGAGUCUCAGGCUGAGAGUCAUUUUUUUGCAUCUUGAAAACUUGGGAUAAUUAUUUUGACUGGCCUUAGCUAUUGAUUUCUCAACUAGGUCUACCUCUCUCAGUCAAAUGAGCAACUAGACUACCUCUCAAAUACCAACUUGCUGUUUCAUAAUGUGUUGUGUGUCUUCCCACCUUGUUAAAAGUGAAGCAGUUUCCUUACAUCGGAAACUUUUUGUUUUGUAUUGAUCCUGGCUGUCAGUUGCUGUACUUGCUGGUUGUAGUUUCACAAUAGGUCUGUGUGAAACUUAGUUGCAGGAAGUAGGUGACUAGACAGACAAAGCUUCCUGAAAGUGUCUUUAUGUGUAGCUGCAUCUUACCUACAAAUUGCUAUUUAGCCAUUUUUCCAAGUAUGACUCCCAUGUUAAGUGUUGCAGAGUUUGUGUUGCUUGGUAAUAAAUACAUUUCAUGUUCUUUGGUUUCUUCUCAGUUCGCAAGAAAGCUGCCUAUGUUGUUCUUACGUCUUAGCAAGAAAAGGAAAGCUUCAGGAGACUUCAAGUAGUUUUCAGCACUGUCCUUUAAUCUUAACCGGUAGUGUGAAGUAAUUGGAGAAUGCCCUGAUGUUACCCGUACUAACAGGAUUCCACAUGAAAAUUUGAAUGUGGGGCAAUGUUUGAAAAAUAUGCUCAGGAUCUUUUUAGAAAAAUAAGUUUUCCUUUGGAGUAAAAAAAAAAAGGCAAAUAAAAAAAAAAAUUAUAUAAUGUAUUAGUGCUGAAAUGAGCUCACAGGACAAUCUUGAAAUAUUUUAAGACAGCAGGAAGUAAGACACUAAAAUUUGCUGGAGAAACUCAAACAACUUAUGUCCGUUCUGUACACAUAAGUACAGAAUAAUGAUUUUUCAGUCAGAUGACCUUAAGACAAAAUGUUGAGAAGAAUGGCUGUGUUAUACUGAACUAGCUUUUGAUACAGACUCAGACAUUACUUCUGUGAUAUUAGUGUUGUCUCUGCAGAUGAUUGGAUUUUUUAGAGGGAAGAGUCAUAGUUGUAGAAGCAAUAGAAUUGAAAGCUAGUAUAGUUAAGUGUGCUGCAGGCAGGAUGCCGUUAUAAAACCUGUAUUCAACCUGCGUUCAUCUCCGUCAUAGUAAAAGUUAGAGUUCCCUAUCCACAAUAGGGAUAGGCAAAUAUUUCUAGUUUGUUGCAGGUAGCAGCUAGAAGAUUAUGGCUUAGGUGCCCAUGUUCUGGACACUGUACAAACAGAUAUUAACUGUUCUCUUGCUGAGCAACUUUCUGUUACACAAUGUGGAUCAAGUUGACAGCUGAAGGAAUGGCAAAGAAAGGUUGGAGAGAACCUGUUUCUCGGGAGCUUUCUUUGAACCACUGUCAACUUGCUUUUCUGUUAGGGACUGAGCACAUUCAUGUAAACUGAGCAAUUGUUUAAAACUUUAAAGCUUCCUGCUGUAUUUGAGACCUAAAAGUAGGGCUUGUGUGCCCCAAAAAUACGUUUUCCAAUAAUGUCAGUUUAAGUAGCUACCUCUUUCAACAAGCAUUGCCUCACCUAUCCUUACAUUACUGCAGCUCCAAAAAACAUCUACUGCCAGAACACGAAAAGUGUCUUGACCAAAUGUUAAAGCAAAUAGAAUGACAGAACAUUGAGAUAAACUAUAUUGCUUGAGAUAAUUUGAUCAAUAUCACUAAGAACUUCAUACAAAAAAUAUUUAGAUAUACAUUAUACGGUGGUUCAAAACAGUGUUAUUGCGAUAAUGCUUCCAUUACAUUCACUAGUACAAUGCGAUACUGAGCAGGUGAUCAUUUUGGUUCCUAUUAUGUUGGCAGAUGAUGUAAAAAACAAUUAUUUUGGGUUCAGACCUCUUCUACUGCUUUUUAUUCUUAUUUGCAGAUACA